GAGGCUGUGGCAUUUGUGAAUAAAUGAGGAUAAUGUUGCUGGUUUGAUGUUGACAAAACACCAAAAUCACCAACAGGACCUUUGGCUUCUAUUUAUUGUGAGCCCUUAGAUGCUCUGAAUGAAGUUUACGAAAAGGAAGAUUGUCUGAGGUCUGAACGGGCCAUUUUUGCUUGUUUUCAGUCAUCUUUUUUUAAAAUUCUGAUGUAUAGCAAUAAUUGGACUGCUUGAAAAAGGUUUUUCAUGUUCUCUAGCCGGCUCCAAGAACAUUUAGUAAGGAUUUACAAAGUGGCUCUGUAUGUCCUACAUCCAGAAGGUAACUGAAAACAGCCUACAGAGAAUUUACUGUUCCAGUAGAGUUGCACCGUCUAAUGAGCUACUGACGUCCUGCUCUCUCUUGACCUGAGGUCAGAGGACCUUAAGGAUUGACACCUGUAAUUUUACUCCCCCGUUUAUUCAAUUGGAACAUGGGAAAAAUAAAAUCUUCGGACUCCUAGUGUGCAUUGGACAGCCUGGUGCCCACACAUGGUCAGAGAGCUCUGACUUGGCGGCAGCUUGGACGUCUGCUCUGUUUUCUCAUUUAAAUCUACACGUGCGCCCAGUGGCACACACUUCACUCUCCAAACAGCCUGAUGCUGUGUGGUGGCUGUCCAGGUUGUCUCAUUUGUGGUUCUGUUAGUGUCUGUGAAGAAAGGUGGCACUUACUAUUUUAGCACCUCAAGGAUGAGACAGAAGACUAAGGACAAUGAUAAAUCCAAGGGGAGGACCCCUGAAGACGAUGAAGAGGAGAGGAGGCGCAAGGAGAGGGAGGACCAGAUGUACCGCGAGCGGCUGCGCACCUUGUUUGUCAUCGCCGUCGUCAUGAGCCUGCUGAACGCACUCAGCACCGGUGGGGGCAGCAUUUCCUGGAACGACUUUGUGCAUGAGAUGCUGGCCAAGGGCGAGGUGCAGCGUGUCCAGGUGGUGCCCGAGAGCGAGGUGGUGGAAGUGUACCUGCACCCUGGAGCUGUGGUGUUCGGGCGGCCUCGGCUGGCCUUGAUGUACCGAAUGCAGGUGGCAAAUAUCGACAAAUUUGAAGAGAAGCUUCGAGCGGCUGAAGAUGAGCUGAAUAUUGAAGGCAAGGACAGGAUCCCGGUUUCCUAUAAGCGGACAGGAUUCUUUGGAAACGCCCUCUACGCCUUGGGGAUGACGGCAGUGGGCCUGGCCAUCCUGUGGUAUGUUUUCCGUCUGGCUGGAAUGACGGGAAGGGAAGGAGGAUUCAGCGCUUUCAAUCAGCUUAAAAUGGCUCGUUUCACGAUUGUGGAUGGCAAGACGGGGAAAGGAGUCAGCUUUAAAGACGUGGCAGGGAUGCAUGAAGCCAAACUGGAAGUCAAGGAGUUUGUGGAUUAUCUGAAGAGCCCAGAGCGCUUCCUUCAGCUCGGUGCCAAGGUCCCGAAGGGUGCACUGCUGCUUGGCCCCCCCGGCUGUGGGAAGACGCUGCUGGCCAAGGCAGUGGCCACUGAGGCCCAGGUGCCCUUCUUGGCGAUGGCCGGCCCGGAGUUCGUGGAGGUCAUUGGAGGCCUCGGUGCUGCCCGUGUGCGGAGCCUCUUCAAGGAAGCCCGUGCCCGGGCCCCCUGCAUCGUGUACAUUGACGAGAUCGAUGCUGUGGGCAAGAAGCGCUCCACCACCAUGUCCGGCUUCUCCAACACAGAGGAGGAGCAGACGCUUAACCAGCUUCUGGUGGAAAUGGAUGUCAGUGGUCUGUAUUGUUUCUCCACACCACCUGCCACAGGUGAGGGUGAUGUCAGAACACAAGAGAACUGUUCUCUAGCAGGAAUGGGCACCACUGACCAUGUCAUCGUCCUGGCGUCCACCAACCGAGGUGACAUUUUGGAUAAUGCUCUGCUGAGGCCAGGCCGGCUGGACAGACACGUCUUCAUUGACCUUCCCACGCUGCAGGAAAGGCAGGAGAUUUUUGAGCAGCACCUGAAGAGCCUGAAGCUGACCCAGGCCAGCAGCUUUUACUCACAGCGUCUGGCAGAGCUGACGCCGGGGUUCAGUGGUGGUUUGGCUUUCAGGGCUCUGCACACUGGCUCUUCAGUUCCUUUUCAGCGCAGACUACGUGUUCCUGCUGCUCCCCGCCACGUGCUGCCAUGUGAGGCCUUGUCACCGACUGGGGGUGCCACUGCCCUCCCUCAUGGUGCUGACAUCGCCAACAUCUGUAACGAGGCCGCGCUGCACGCCGCACGAGAAGGGCACACGGCCGUCCACACCUUCAACUUUGAGUACGCCGUGGAGCGUGUCAUCGCUGGGACUGCCAAAAAGAGCAAGAUCCUCUCCAAGGAAGAGCAGAAGGUGGUUGCGUUUCAUGAGUCCGGCCACGCUCUGGUGGGCUGGCUGCUGGAGCACACCGAGGCUGUGAUGAAGGUCUCCAUCGCGCCGCGGACAAACGCUGCACUGGGCUUCGCUCAGAUGCUCCCCAGAGACCAGCACCUGUUCACCAAGGAGCAGCUGUUUGAGCGGAUGUGCAUGGCCCUGGGCGGCCGCGCAUCGGAGAGCAUCUCCUUCAACAAGGUCACUUCUGGGGCGCAGGACGACCUGAGGAAGGUCACCCGCAUCGCCUACUCCAUGGUGAAGCAGUUUGGGAUGGCACCAAGCAUCGGGCCCGUCUCCUUCCCUGAGGCACAGGAGGGCCUCAUGGGCAUUGGACGGCGACCCUUCAGCCAGGGCUUUCAGCAGAUGAUGGACCACGAAGCAAAACUGCUGGUGGCUAAGGCCUACAGGCACACUGAGAAGGUACUGCAGGACAACCUGGACAAGCUGCAGGCGCUGGCGAACGCCCUGCUGGAAAAGGAAGUGAUAAACUACGAGGACAUCGAGGCCCUCAUUGGCCCGCCACCUCAUGGGCCCAAGAAGAUGAUCGCGCCUCAGAGGUGGAGCGAUGCUGAGCGGGAGAAGCAAGAUGCCGGGGAGGAGGAGGCUCCCCAGCAGUCCCCCCUCCGAGGGGAGGAGCCAUCUUGGCCCAAAUAGUGGGACCUCCCUGACUGCCCGUGGGGCUGCGGCAUCUGCCGGGCCCAGGAAGUGGCUCCUUACUGGCUCCCCCAAGUUCCCUUUCUCCUGAGACUCAGCCCUCCCUGGUCUCUGCUCAGGGCUUCUGAGCUCUGUGUACCGAUUUCCCCACCCGGGAUUAGUCAAGUCUUCGAGAGGUGGAUGAUUCAGUUUGGUGUUUAUAGAUGGUUUCCCCCAUGGGAGGGUCACAGUUGUGUGGAGCCGUUCACGAGUUCCCAGGUUUAUGGCACUAGUGCUUCAUGGUGCGGGUGGAUCCAGGGGCAGUGCAGCAGGCAGGUCCUGAGCAGCCUGUUCAUGCCCAGGCUUGUGUGUGGGCUCUUCCUGGCUCCUGUGACUUCACCAGAAUGCUAACAGAAUCUGCGGUGAAAGGACCCUCUGAGCUGAUUGUCACUGGUUCCUUGCUGGGCCCUCUCCUCGUGCUCAGUCAUCAGUGGGGAUACUGAGCCCCUAGAGGAUUAAAACCCCGCCACCUACUGCUGUGUGGACGGGUGUGCAUGAGAACCUCUUGCUGGUCUGGUCGUGUGGUGGGGGGACACCUGAGAACUGUUGGGAUACCUUACCAAUAAAUCCUGUGGAUGGA